UACAUUAGUGAAAAGGGCGAUGACGCCUCUGGCGAUGGCUCCGAGGCAAAGCCGCUGAAGACGCUCCUCGAGGCGAUGCGACGCGCAAAGGCGGAGCCCUUUCCGCCCUUUUUGGCGGAGAACAACGACGAGAAGAUUCCCGAGAAGUGGGCCCCGGUGUCGGCUUCGCAGAUUAAGAAGAUCAAGAAAAUCUGGCAGCGAGAGGCCAGCAAGAGCGACGACAAGGCGAAGAAGGAGGCGGAGGACGAGGAGCGCCGACUGAAGAACCUCGAGGAGUCGAAGUCGGUGAAGAUCGAACUGGACGCCUCUCUGCCGGCGCCCGGCCGAAUCAAGCUCGGCCAGGCGAAGGAGAACCGCGGCAAGCGCGUGACCACCUUCGGCUGGAUUCACCGCCUGCGCCGCCAGGGCAAGGCGCUGAUGUUCAUGGUGCUGCGCGACGGCUCCGGCUACCUCCAGUGCGUCCUCAGCGACAAGCUCUGCCAGACAUAUGACGCACUUGUCCUCCAGACUGAAGCCACCGUGCAGGUGUACGGGACGCUGGUGGAGUCGGACAAAGCCCCGGGCGGUCACGAGCUGAAGGCCGACUACUGGCGGCUGAUCGGCAACGCUCCGCCCGGCGGCAUUGAGAACGCCCUCAACCAGGAAUCGCACAUUGACGUGCAGCUCGACCAGCGCCACUUGAUGCUGCGCGGCGAGAACCUCUCCAAGAUCAUGCAGUUCAGGGCGAUUCUGCUGCGCGCCUUCCGCGACCACUACCAGUCGGUGGAGCACACGGAGAUCACUCCGCCCACGCUGGUGCAGUCGCAGGUGGAGGGCGGCUCGACGCUCUUCAAGUUCGAUUACUUUGGAGAGGAGGCCUACCUGACGCAGUCUUCGCAGCUGUACUUGGAGACCGUUUUGCCCUCUCUGGGCGAUGCCUUCUGCAUUUCGCAGUCCUACCGAGCCGAGGCCUCUCGAACCCGCCGUCAUCUGUCGGAGUACACGCACAUUGAAGCGGAGCGCGUCUUUAUCACCUUUGACGAUCUGCUGGACUCCAUCGAGUCGCUCAUCACCGACGUCAUUGCGCGCGUCCUCGCCGACCCGGUGGGAAAAGAGCUGCUGUACUUCUUCAACCCUGACUUUAAGCAGCCGAAGAAGCCCUUCAAGCGCAUGAACUACACCGAUGCCAUUGAGUACUUGAAGGAGAACAACAUCACCAAGGAGGAUGGAACUGCAUUUGAGUUUGGCGACGACAUCCCCGAGAUGCCGGAGCGAAAGAUGACUGACCAGAUUAAUGAGCCCAUCAUGCUGUGCCGCUUCCCGGCUGAGAUCAAGUCCUUCUACAUGCCUCGUUGUCAGGAGGACAAGCGACUGACUGAAUCGGUGGACGUUCUCCUGCCCGGUGUGGGUGAAAUAGUGGGCGGCUCUAUGAGGAUCUGGGACUACGCCGAGCUGAUGGCUGGCUUCAAGCGCGAGAACAUUGACCCGACCAAGUACUACUGGUACACUGACCAGCGGCUCUUUGGCACCGCCCCGCACGGCGGCUAUGGCCUGGGAUUGGAGCGCUUCAUCACCUACCUCCUAAACCGGUACCACAUUCGCGAUGCUACGCUCUAUCCAAGAUACAUCUCCCGCUGCACUCCGUAG